ACUCAGGCAUCUGCUGCGCGUCUCAGUCUGGCAGCCGGGUCAAAUCAACGCAGGCAAGAUGACAACAUACACAGACAAAGGCGAAAAGCAUGAGCAGGGCAAGUUCAUCUGCUUCGAUCAUCUAACAUUCUGGGUCGGAAAUGCAAAGCAGGCAGCAUCGUAUUACUGCAACAAGCUGGGAUUUGAGCCGCUGGCUUACCGAGGCCUGGAGACGGGCAGCCGCGAUGUGGCGUCCCACGCAGUGAAACAGGGGAAGAUCAUUUAUGUCUUCUCCUCUGCUCUGAAUCCUGGUAACAAAGAGAUGGGGGAUCAUCUGGUGAAACAUGGGGACGGAGUGAAAGACAUUGCAUUCACAGUGGAGGACUGUGACUUCCUGGUUCAGAAAGCCAGUGAGCGAGGGGCAAUUAUCAUCAAAGAGCCCCACACUCUGGAGGACAAGAACGGGAAAAUCCGGCUGGCUGUGCUUCAGACGUAUGGAGAUACCACCCAUACGUUUGUGGAGAGGAAAGGAUACAAGGGAUUGUUCCUGCCUGGCUUCCAUCCCCCUCUGUUCAAAGACCCUUUACUACCCAAACUACCGAGUGGAAAACUGGACUUCAUCGAUCACGUUGUGGGAAACCAAUCAGAUGAUGAGAUGGUUCCAAUUGUAGAAUGGUAUCAGAGGAACCUCCUCUUUCACCGCUUCUGGUCGGUGGACGACAAACAGCUCCAGACUGAAUUCAGCGCCCUGCGCUCCAUCGUAGUGGCGAACUACGAGGAGACGGUGAAGAUGCCGAUCAACGAGCCUGCCAAGGGGAAGAGAAAGUCUCAGAUCCAGGAAUACGUGGAGUACUACGGCGGUCCAGGAGUGCAGCAUAUCGCCAUGAACACGUCAGACAUCGUCACAUCGAUUCGCAACCUGAAGGAGCGAGGCACGGAGUUUAUGACAGUGCCAGACACUUACUACGAUCAGCUGAGGGAGAAUCUGAAACAUUCAAAGGUCAAAAUCGUGGAGAACCUGGACGUCCUGCAGGAACUGAAAAUCUUGGUGGACUAUGAUGACAAAGGUUACUUACUUCAGAUCUUCACCAAGCCAGUUCAGGACCGUCCCACGGUUUUCCUGGAGGUCAUUCAGCGACACAAUCACCAGGGCUUUGGUGCAGGAAAUUUCAAGUCUCUUUUUGAAGCCAUUGAGGCAGACCAGCAUGCUCGGGGAAAUCUGACCAUCCUGACACCAAAUGGAGACACAAAGAGCAUGUGAAGCAUUAAUGGUCUUUGCAACUUAAAAAACCCAAUUAUUCAUAACAAGUAGUACUGCUCAAGUUUCCACUGAGUUACUCCGUCCAGUCUGAUAAUAAAAUGCACAUUGGGCACUUGGAUAAUUCUCAGGAUUUCUUUUUUUUGUUUUUCUUUCUUAUGCUUAAUUACUUUUUGUAGGUCUUAUAUAUUCUGGCAGUAUGGAAAUUCCUACUUGGCAAAUCUCCCAAAUGUGUAUUUUAAAAAGAGAAAGUUAAAGCUCCUAAUGUGGAUUUUUACUCCACAAAAUAUUUACAAGCUUGACUCAGACCAUCAAGAAUAGUAUGCCGAUGUUGUCAUUUUGGCACAAUUUGACCAAAUGUGCCCAAAAUUAUGCCAAAUGGUUAUUUCAUCUCACAUAAAAGGGAAUCGGGUAUUAUGCAUUAUUGUAGCACUCUCUCAAGACUUUUACCCUGUACCUUCAAAGUAUGUCAUUGUGCACAUCAUGAAAUCACUAGAAAAAGCCAAAAAUUAGCUGAUCUGGAUCCUUUUGGUUCCAUUUAAUGCAACUUCAUUACAAAAAAGAGGUGAAAACGUUUUUGAACUGUUGACAAAACUUUGUCAACAAAUGUGAGGGGAAAAAAUAUUAUCAAUAAAAAACUAUGCAAACUAUUGUUGAAAAAUAAUAUGAGUACGAGACUGUAAACAAACGUGCAAGUAUAAAGGCAAGAAGCUAUAUAUAAGUAUAAAUAAAAAACCAUCAAUAAACACUCUACAGGCUGCAGUGAUACGCUCUGAAACAACUCAUGUUGCAAGUGAAACAAAGUACUACAUAGAGAAACGCUGCCCUGCUCCACAGCUUCCUCUUUUCUGUGGCAAGUACCUGAGUGAAGUUGCCCCCCCACCUUCCUCAAAUCAGACAAAAUUGGUGUCUAACGUUUGUGCUACGUUUGUGCAGCAAAUUUUUUUUGUUCGUGCUGCUAUCAUUUUAAAGAUAUUAAGAAAUGUUUCUAGAGGUCAUCGAAGGUCAACCAGAAGGUCGAUCAACUCUACUCUGUUUAUGCAUCAAAAUUUGUUUGUGCUGCUCUGGCUUUGAAGAUAUUAAUUAAAGUUCAAAGUUCAAAGGUCAA